AUGAUGGUUAUUCGUGAGCUCAAUGCCAGAGGUGGCAACGGGACUCGUGCUGCCGCAACCCAAGGUAUUUCGGACUUACAGCUCGACAGUUUCAGAAAUCCUGGUGAACGGGCCACAGCUCUGCAAGAGUUGAUCCAGGAGACCGCCGCCGACCUCACGGACUUGACUAACUUUUACAACAUACCCUUCUCUCCAACUCGCAUUCAGCGGUUGGGCCAGUACUUCGCCCAGACCAAAGCGCGCCUGGUAACAGGUUAUACGCCACUUGAGGACCUCACUCCAGACGCUCAAGUAGACUGGAAUCUGCUUUGGACCUACACCAGUCGGCAGAUAGAUGAUCUGCGAGUGCAAUGGUCCUCCGUUGACAAACUUUCGCCACUGCUUGGGUCCUGGGUGCCGGCUUUGAUAGACUUAUGCGAGCGAAGGCAGAAAGUGGUGCCUGUGACCGGUAAAGAGGCUGCUCAGAUCUUAUCAGGUGCUUGCAAGUCAAUCUCGGCGGUAUCCGAUCCCAUUGAAGAUGGCAGGUUCACCAUCGACAGAUUUGCGGCCUAUCGCGCGGCUCAGCAGCUCGAGCUAUUGUCCUCCCGCUUGGUGGAGUGGCAUCAAUUCUAUGACGGCUAUGAUCCUACCUUCAGUUGGUGGACGAAGAAGCCCUGGCAAGAAUUGGAACUACGGAUGAAGGCCUUCGUCGCUUUGAUUCGAGAGCAUCUUGUCGGCACAAAGCCUGGACAUGAGGACGACGAGAUAGUAGGCCAGCCUCUUGGCCGUGAAGGCAUUCUGUCUGACAUCAAGUAUGAGAUGAUUCCGUACACACCUGAGGAACUUGUCCAGAUUGGGGACCGAGAGUACGCUUGGUGUGAGAAGGAAGCCAUCAAAGCAUCGCGAGAGAUGGGCUUUGGAGAUCACUGGCGAAAGGCGCUCGAGCAUGUCAAGAAUAUGUACGUUGAGCCUGGUCAGCAGACUUACAUGGUGCACGAGCUCGCACAAGAAGCGAUUGAGUAUGUUGAGAAGCACGAUAUGGUCACAGUCCCGGAAAUCGCGAAGGACUACCGCACCUACAUGAUGACACCCGAACGACAGAAAGUGAACCCUUUCUUCCUCGGCGGCACAUCGAUCAUCGUAUCGUUCCCCACGGAUACAAUGGCUCAUGAUGAAAAACUUAUGAGCAUGCGUGGAAACAGUCGACCACUGUCUAGAUCGACCGUCUUUCAUGAGCUGAUUCCUGGACAUCACUUGCAGUAUCACUACAUGCCACGCAGCAAGCCACACCGGCGGCUGUUCGAGACGCCAUUCUGGAUAGAAGGCUGGGCCUUCUACUGGGAGAUGAUUCUAUGGGAUCGAGGAUUCGCGGCUAAGCCGGAAGAAAAGAUCGGGAUGCUCUUUUGGCGAAUGCAGAGAUGUGCUAGAAUCACCUUCUCGUUGAAAUUUCACUCGGGCGAGUGGACACCGCAGCAAUGCAUCGACUUUCUGGUUGAUAGGGUCGGACAUGAGCGGGCGACUGCGGAAGGCGAAGUGAGGAGGUCUUUCAACGGCGACUAUGGCGCAUUGUAUCAGAGCGGGUACAUGCUCGGCGCACUUCAGCUGUACAAGCUCAGACAAGAGGUCGUCGAUGCUGGUCUGAUGAGCGAGAAGCAGUUCCACGAUCGCGUGUUGAAGGAGAACACGAUGCCAAUUGAGCUCCUCCGGGCUCUGUUGAAAGGUGAAAAGUUGGGAGAUGGCUAUCAGUCGAAGUGGCGCUUCUACGAUCUUUAG